AUGAGUUCCGAUGUCACGCUCUUGACAGAGCACCUAACGUAUCGACCAGCCGCCUUAAUUGACGACAUAAUAAAUAGCAUCAACAUCCUCGCAUUCCGAGCCACCGAGGCAGUUGAAAAAGGCCUCCUCGCCGCCAAUCCUGCCGACAUAGGGUUCCGGACGCCCUCAAACCAUACAUCUCGCGAAUCCCAAGAAGCCGUCCUCGCAGCCCAAGAGAAAGCAAAAUGCGAGAUCGAGAAGGGCGUCCACCAACUCGAAACAUUGCUCGAAACGAAGAUAGACAAGAACUUCGACAAAUUAGAGGUUUAUUCUCUAAGGAAUAUACUGAGUGUGCCUCCCGAGGUUAGAGAUUGGGUGCGACUGGGCCAUUAUGAGGGGUUGAGCUUUUCGCAGAGUGAAGAUGCUCCUACCGUCGAGUCGAUCACCACCUUACGGAAGAGAUUACGGGAAACGCAGAAAUUGCACGCGUUAUUGCUGGCUGAGACAGCAAGGAAUGAGGCGACGAGUGCAUCAUUGAGGGCUCUACUUGGAAAACAAGCUGUGCAGCCAGAGGGAGGACCGGAGGCGGGAUCGACUUAUCCCACGUUUGCGUUUUUGCAGAAUAAAGGGGAUCUCACAGGCGAUGUAUCAACGACUACUUCAUUUACGCUCUCCCAGUUGCCGGCUCUGAAAGCGUUGUUGGCCAACCUGAAACCAAGAUUAGAAGCGCUGGCCAAUGGUAAGGGGAAUCGAGGUUUGGUAGGGGAGGAGGAGAAGAGCUGGCGAAGGGAGAGGUUAGAAUUUGUCGAGAGGGAAACGAGGAAACAUUUGGAAAACGUUCGAGGACUUGAACUUGGAGAAAUGGGAGAGGUUAGGGAUGGCGAAUGGCAAGGGGACGGACGAGUAAUAGGUAAGCACGAAGUAGAGGAUCUGGAGCGAGUGGUUGGUAUGGUGACUGUUGGGGAGUCCCAACCCAUGGAUGAAGGGCCAUAG